AUGUCCUUGCGGUCUCCCUCUGCCUCGCCGCACCCAGAAGAGCGCAGCUUGAAACGACGCAAACUCGAGUCCACCGCCCUCACUUCGGUCGGCCAAGAGAGCACCAUGGCAACCCAGGCUGCUAGCUCCCGUACGCUGGAGCUUACCGAAGUGGAACAGACACUACGCAGGCUGCUGCUCGAUGUUGCUGAAUACAUUGACAACAACCCCCCUCCCGCCUCUGAUGAGUCACACGUUCAGCUUCCUGAAGAUUUGGCAAAUGCCAAACUCGUGCUUCGUUUCACCGGCGGAUGGGUGAGAGACAAGCUUCUCGGCGUCGAGAGCCAUGAUAUAGACGUCGCAAUCAACAAGAUGACCGGCUAUCAGUUCGGCCUGCGUCUGAAAGAGUACUUGGAAAUCCCAGGCAAUCCCGAGAAGUAUGGUCUUGAAGGCGUGGCUUCGUCAGACAAGGCUGGCACGUCUGCAAAGAACAAACAGGUUGGCGGGCUCCAUAAAAUUGAAGCCAAUCCGGAGAAGUCAAAGCACCUUGAGACUGUGACAACCAGAAUUCUGGGCCUUGACAUUGACCUAGUCAACCUACGGAAGGAGACGUACUCUGAGGACAGCCGCAACCCGCAAAUGGAGUUUGGCACUCCAGAAGAGGACGCUCUCCGCCGCGAUGCUACCGUAAAUGCCAUGUUCUACAACUUGAACACCUCAGAAGUUGAAGACUUCACGGGCAAAGGUUUCGAAGACAUGGAGCUGCGUAUCAUCCGUACGCCCCUCGAGCCUUACCAAACUUUCAAGGAUGAUCCACUUCGCGUACUGCGCUUGAUCCGUUUUGCCAGUCGACUUGGCUACAGCAUCGAUCCUGCUUCAGAAGAAUUCAUGGGCAAUGAAGACAUCAAGAAAGCGCUCCACGUCAAGAUCAGCCGUGAAAGAGUGGGAGUGGAGUUGGAAAAGGCAUUGAAAGGACCCGACCCCCUUGGUGCACUCCAAUACAUUGACCGCCUUGGCCUCUACACGACGGUGUUCUCAGACCCCACAAAAGAUCAUAAUUUCACUCCUCCAACCAAUUGGCCUGUGGCAUAUCAGUGUCUCUCCAGGAUACUGCAGUCUCAGGAACCGGCCUCAAAAAAUGUCAAGUCAACGACCAUCCGAGAUGCCGAGGACUCAUACUUGUCGUGGCUCAUCUCAGCAAUUGUUCCGUGGGCCGAUGCACCGGAGCCGCAACCGCUGAAGCCAGGAACGAAAGCACCUCCCCCGGUGGUUUGCUCUGUGGCGAGAGAGGGCAUUAAAGCUCCGAACAAGGUCUGCGAUGUCAUGACGGCGUCGGUCAAGAACCUCGAGGAGAUCCGUGGACUGAAGGACAAGUUCAAUGUCCAACAGCGCCUGCCACAGAAGAAGUCCGAGGGUGAUGAUGCUACUGCUCCCGACACUAUUGGCAUGGCUAUUCGCAAGUGGGGCCCAACUUGGAGGAAUCAGGCUCUGUUCGUGCUCUUGUACGAGGUCCUGGCCCUUCCUGAAGGAGAACAAGAGAUUAUUUCGUCUUACAGCAAGUGGUUUGAGCAUAUUCAAAAGCUGAACCUGACAGAGGCUUACGCCCUCAAGCCUCUUCUGGACGGAAAGACACUUGCUAAGGCGUUGGAAACACCCCCUGGUCCUUGGAUGAAAUCUGCUCUCGACGUAGUCAUGGCAUGGCAACUGCGCAACCCUGACAUUACCGAUCCGGCUGGUGCAGUCGAAGAAGUGCGGAUUCAGCGCCAGACUCAAGAGACUAGCUCUGACAAGCAGCAGACCGGUAAGAAGAAGGGUGAGCUGACUUCCCACCUCGCAUCGCACUUCCUCCAGCUUACCAUCCGUCCGCUCUUCGCGAAGACUCAAAAUCCCGCAGUGACCGCUCAAGGUCGUAAGAGCAUCCAUUCUUCUGCUCCUCGCGCGACUCAACUCAUUCACGAGGACGAGUCCGAAUCAAAACCUUGGAAAGGCGAAAAGGAGGGUUAUGCAUUAGAGCUGCUACGCUGGGUUCUCCUCACCGUGGAUGCUGAAGGGAUCGAAAAAAUAUGGCCAUUGGUCAUUCCACCCAUCUUUGCUCUCGUCGACGACUCAGAUCCAAAGUUCAAAGCAAAAGGCUGUGACCUGCUUAAACUACUAGUGGAAAUCACACCACCUUCGCUGCUCUCACGGACUGGCCUUGCACAGGAAUUCGAAAAAUCUCUGUUCCCAUGUCUUACCUACCUUCCCUCCCUCACGCCAGAAUCGGAAUCCAUUCUGCUUCUCAAUGCUGCAUAUCCUGCCCUCAUUUCUCUCGCUAAAACCCGUUACCCCAUCCCUCCCCGUACAGACCCCAUCUCUGAGGAAUUCUACCAGCGUGCUGGAGCGCUGGAUAAAUUGAUUUGGGACGAACUGAAGGUGGAAUUGCGAAAGGUCUCGGAUCGGUUGAAGAUAGUUAAUGAUGACUCGGAAGACAUGAUGUGGGAGGCAGAGACCCAGCGAUUGAUCGAAGCGGAUGCAAGGCUGGAGGAAUUGUUUGCUUAG